UCCCCCCUUUCAAUUUCCCUAUGUGUACAGAAAAUAGUUUAAUUUUUUUUUCUUGUUAUCCCUAGCGGAAAAUACAUUCUGGACAUGUGAAAAGGACGCGCCGAUUCAGCAAUGGGGUCUUUUUGUUUCCUUAGAAAUACUGAAUGUGAGAUAAAUUUCAGUUUGUGCAAAUAAUGCUAAAUGAAAAAUUGCGCAAUAAAGAAUGGAUUCAAUCCUCUGCUUCGAGUUCGUCGAUGAAAAGAAGAAAAGUAUGAUGUUUGGGGGGUGACUAAGUGCUUUUACUAUUAUUAAAUAACUGGCAAAGAUUCUGUUUUGUAAAACCCGACUAUGUAUAACUCUCCUCCAUACAUGUCUGCUUUGUAUAUGCAUAUAUAUAUAUAUUUAUAACCAUAAAAUUCCAUUUAUUGUGUGUCCACCUGCUGUUUCAGGUGAGGGAGUGGCAGGGAUUGCACGUCCCCCAUUGUGUGACACCUGUAUCUUAAUUUGAGUGACUGAUUUUACUGGUAAAAUAUCUGCAAUAGUGACAACAGCCACCGCACCGGGUCUCUGUGUCAACAGUGACUCGAAUGUUGAUGACGGUCUCUUGUAAGAAAAGUGUGUGUUCGUGUGAGUGCGCGCGACAGCGGCAAGCGUUCCCAGCAUUAACGCUCCUCUUCACUUCGGUCUGUGCUCUUCACCAGUUAUGAUCGUACACCAAAUGCCGCGUUCCGUAUUCGGAUGGGGUAGGGUUUCCAUUUCGGUGGCCCGAGACACAGCAGCAGCGGGGGUGCUGAAGUGCGUGUGCCUUUGUGCAUGAAUGUGCAGGUGUGUGUGAAUGUCUUUAACGUCACCGUGACUGCGGAGAACCUUCCUCCCCUUUGUUCCCUGAAACUUGUUCCACAGGGAAGACGUCCCUGCCUUGGUAACGAAACGCUGCCACCGGUUUGCCCGCGUCCCCUCCCUCUCGCCUUGUUUAUAUCUAAUCUGUGCGGAGGAGAGGCGGCCGGAGAGGCAAGAGGAGCACGGACCAAGUGCGGAAAACAAACGCAGUCCCCACCAGUGCGACGCAACCUACCGAUCCAGCUGCCAACUGCAUCGCCUAGGCGCGGGUGUGAAAGAGGAGUUACAGUCAUGGGUUGCUUCGGAUGUCUCAAAGUUAUGAUGUUUAUCUUCAACAGCAUCAUCUUUCUGGCGGGUGCUGGUAUCCUCGCUGUGGGUGUGUGGGUCAAGGUGGACAGUGGGUCACUUCUGGGUCUCCUGGGCACCAUCAAGAACAGCCCAGCAGGCCUGGAUCAAAUUGUCAACGUAGGCUACCUGCUGAUUGCCGUCGGUGGGGUGCUGCUCAUCCUGGGCUUCCUGGGCUGCUGUGGGGCCGUGAGGGAGAGCAAGUGUUUGCUGCUGAUGUUUUUCGUCAUCGUGUUGAUCGUCUUCAUAGCCGAGGUGGCUGCAGCCGUGAUAAUCCUCGCCUUUAGGCCCCUGGCGCAGAAUGUGAUCAGCAUGCUGGGGGCUGCUGCUGUUGGCAGUAUCAAGAAGGACUAUGGAGCGAAUAACGAUGUGACCGGACCUUGGAACCUCACAAUGGCUACGCUGAAAUGCUGCGGAUUCAACAACUUCACCGACUUCACCAGUUCCCCGUUUUAUAACAAAAACAACACGUACCCCGAGCUGUGCUGCACAGCCUUCCCCUGCACUUACCAAAAUGCCGCCAACUCGACAAUCCCAGGAUGUUUCCAGAAAUUUGUGACCCUAGUCGAAAAGAACUCUGUUAUCCUGAUAGCCGUGGCUUUAGGAAUUGCAGCUCUUGAGAUCUCCGCAAUGGUUGUUUCCAUGACCCUGUACUGCAAAAUUGGUAAAAAAUGAAGCGAUUCCGACAUGUGUCACCCUCUCUCAGUCCCUACUCCUUACUCUCAGUUCAUAUGUUCGGCGACACUGUUUUUCACAUUUUCAUUAAGUUUGAGUUUUCAUUGUCUCAUUAAAAGAUGUUGUUUAUGUUCUACCAUAGUUUACUGUUAUUAGUUUAUAUAAAACAGGUAUUUAUAAUGAAAUUUUGUAACUAAUAACCCGAUAAUUUAUAAUAAUUUCAUUUUAUGUUUCGAUAUAUGUAAUAAUUGUAGAACAUUUCCUUCAGAAUUUAAGUUCAUUUUUAAAAUGUCUGAAUAUCAGUAACUUGACCUUAUUGGACAGUUCUACACUGAGCAGCAGUAUGUUGUAGGAAAUCCAGGGAAAUUCUUAGAUGUCUAUGCUUAUGUAUUUGUACUAUGUGGCAUUCAAAGUGCAAUGUACAGUAGAUUUAAAGUCUACCUAUAUAUGAUACAUAAGAAGAAAAAGUCAUAAUGAAACUAAUCAACUAUGCAAAUGUUUUAAAAUUGGGUUAUAUUUAGCAAA